CUGGACAUCUUCAACCUGUUCCUGCCUUUCUGAAAUCAUCCGUCAUCGUGCCUGUCCCCGAGAAACCAAUCAUCACCUGCUUCAGUGAUUAACAUUCCAUAACUCUGCCCCCUGUCAUCAUGAAGUGCUUCGAGAGGAUCCUCCAAAAGUCCAUCAAGGACGCCAUCCCUGCUGGCCUGGACAGCCUGCAGUUUGCCUACAGGGAGAAUCGCUCCACAGAGGACGCUGUCUCAUUAGCACUGCACUCAGCUCUGACUCAUCUGCAGCGUGAGAGAGAGCUCAGAUUCGCAACAUAUUUCUACCUGCCUUGGGGACCUGCGGAUCUGACCACAUCAUUGGGUGGUGGAAGGAGCAGUUUGAGGGUCUACACAAUCCAGUCACCAUGUCCUCUACAGACAAAAUGGUUCACUGAACAGCUUCUAAACAGAAAAGUAAAAGAGAAAGUGACGGAAAGAAAGGAUGGACUCAGUCUCUAUGAAGGGGUGCACCAGGAGUCCUGUGUUCCUCACAGCCUCUUCCUCACACCUCAGUCACCCCCCAGCCUGUGUGUUCCACUGUGGUAUUGGCAACACACCAGCAGAUUCAGGACCUUCCUGCCCGGUUCCUACCACAGUGGCUGUCCUUGGAUCAGGUGACUUCUCCAAGGGCAUCACCUUCCGCCUACUUCGUUGUGGCUUCAAGGUGGUGGUGGGCAGCCGCCGUCCCAAACUGGCAUCUCAUUCCUUUCCCCAUGUGGUGGAUGUGUCACACUAUGAAGAUGCCAUCAGGAAAUCUAACAUUGUGUUCCUGGCUAUCCAUCGCGAGCACUACUCUGUAUUAUGGGACCUGAAGCAUAUCAUGGCAGGGAAGGUCAUUGUUGAUGUGAGUAACAAUCGGAGAGUCAACCAGUAUCCAGAAUCUAAUGCUGAGUAUCUGGCUUCACUGCUGCCAGACUCUGACGUGGUUAAAGGCUUCAAUGUCAUCUCAGCUUGGGCCAUGCAGCAAAGCCAUCCAAAAGAUUCCAGCACCCAGGUGUUUAUCUGCAGUGACUCGAUAGAGGCUCGUCAGCUGGUGAUGGAAUUGGCACGUCAACUCAACUUCCACCCCGUGGAUAUGGGCCCCCUCUCUUUGUCCCGUUACAUCGAGAAUAUCCCUAUCCAGUUAUUCCCUGGUUGGAAAGGCCCCGUCCUUGCUGCUGUUGCCCUCUCCAUCUUCUUUUUUGGUUACUCUUUUGCACGUGAUAUAAUCCACCCAUAUGUGAAACACAAGCAGAGUGACUUCUACAAGAUUCCCAUAGAGAUAGUGAAUCAUACGUUGCCCAGUGUUGCUAUCACUCUCUUGGCCCUAGUGUACUUGGCUGGCCAAAUGGCGGCUGCACACCAGUUGUACAGUGGAACCAAGUACAAGCAGUUCCCUCACUGGUUGGAAGGCUGGCUGCAAAGCAGGAAGCAGUUAGGUCUGAUCAGCUUUUUCCUGGCUGCUGUCCACGUUCUCUACAGCCUUUGUCUGCCAUUGAGAAGAUCUGAGAGGUACCUGCUGCUCAACACUGCCUACCAGCAGAUUAAUGCUAAUGUGGAAAAUUCAUGGAACGAGGAGGAAGUGUGGCGGGUGGAGAUGUAUGUUUCCUUUGGAAUCAUGAGUUUUGGACUCAUGUGCCUCCUGGCUAUCACCUCCAUUCCUUCUAUCAGUAACUCUCUCAACUGGCGGGAAUUCAGCUUUAUCCAGUCCACUCUGGGUUACAUCGCCCUUCUCAUCGCUACUUUCCAUGGCCUGCUCUUUGGCUGGAAACGGGCCUUUGAUGAGGAUGCCUACCGCUUCUACCUGCCCCCCAGCUUUGUGGUGUCCCUGGCUCUGCCUGUCUGUGUCAUACUGGGAAAGGUUCUAAUGUUGCUCCCCUGUGUAGGCCACAAACUUCACCAGAUUCGCAAGGGUCAGGACACCAGUCCUUACAAGGGCCGGCGUCUGGAGCCAGUUGGCUCAGCGGCAAACAUUUCACCUGAGAGAGUUACCAUUAUGUGAUUCUUUUCAUACUUUCUGAUUUUAGCUCUAAGAACAUAAUACUGUCUUUCUCUGAAGAGUUUUGCUGAUUUCUGUGCUCUGGACAAGUGUACUGUUCUUUACUCCACAGCUACUGACCAUGUUAGGUCUCAUGUUACAGUUUUUCCCAAAAAAGCUGUUGCACUGAAAAAUCUUUACUUAACAUCCCUUCCGAAUAAGAAGUUGUUCUCCUGUGUUUCAAAAACACAAUGUUCUCAUUUUUUUUUUUUUCUUUUGUUGGAAAUAUUAAUUUUCUACCAAAAAGGGAAAUUCUGGCACUGCAUAGUCUCCUAAAUCAGAUGUUAGUGUCUGGAUGUUUCCUAACGUCCAAGAGAAUAUUUGUCACUAAUAUGUAGUAGAAAUGAAAAGGAUGAUUCAGCAGUUUAAAUCUUUCAUGAAGUUGAGCAAAAUGAACAAAUAACAGUCCCAGUGGCUCAUUCAAAUUCAGAUUAAAAGAGAUCCUAAAGGGAAAUUAUAUACAGUUUUAUUUUUCAACACGUAGAUGCUGAUGACUGAAGGGAGGAAGGAUCUCCUGUAGAGCUCGGUCUUUCAGUGUUUCUGGAGAAGCCUCUGACUGAACAUACCACUGAUUAAGAGGAUGCUUAGGGUUGUCAAUAAUGUUCUUUUUAUGAAGAGUCCUUCUUUGCAUAGUCACCUUCAGAGGUUCUAGAAGAGUCCCUAGAACAGAGCUCUUGUUGAGCUUCUUUAAGUCAGUUGCUCUGAUGCUGCUACUCCAGCAGAUGAUGGCAAAGGAGAUCACACUCUUCACAACAGACUUAUAGAAGACUUGCAGCAUCUUGCUGCAAACCCUGAAAGAACAAAGCUUCCUCAGCAAGUACAGUCUGCUCUGUCUCUUCUUAUAGACAGCUUCACAGUUGCGUCUCCAGUCCAGUUUGUUGUCCAGGUGAACACUGAGGUAUUUACUCCACCACUUCUUCUCCCAGUAUGGUAAUCGUGUUGGUACAAUUCCCAUUUCUCCUGAAAUCUCCAACUAUCUCCUUUGUUGUAUCCACAUUCAGAAUGAGAUGAAUGUUUACAAACCAUGCCACAAAGCGGUCCACCAGCUCCCUGUACUCAGCUUCGUGUCCAUCUCUGAUGCAUCCAGCGACUGCAGAAUCAUCAGUCUGUCUUGUAUUAGAAGUCUGAGGUGUAAAUAGUGAUAAGUAAUGGUGAGAAUACAGUCCCUGUGAUGCUCAUGUGCUGCUGACUACCUGGUUAGACACACAACCCUUCAAUCUCAUAAACUGUGGACUGUUUGUCAAGUAGUCUAUGAUUCAGGCGAUUGUAGAGGCCUCCACCUGAGUGUUCUGGAGUUUCUGACAAAGCAAAUCAGGCUGAAUUAUGUGAAAUGCACUGGAUAAAUCACCUACUGACAGAUAGCUUACAAGAAGUAAUCAAACCACUGGAUAUCCUGACAUAAUCCCCCAGGCCCACUUCUUCACUAGAACAAAGAGGCUGCAGGCUUGUUUAUGUGGGAAUGAUUCAACGCAGCUUGACCACUGUUUUGGAGUUGAUUCAACUGAUAUUUGUUUUCAGUAAGGUUUCAAUUUAAAAAAAUAUCGAUAAGUCUUUUUGCAUACAUGUUUUCAUUGGUUUUUGUUUGUCUGUGUUUCAAUAAAGUUAUUCAUUUGGAGACAAAAUGGUA